AUGGCGACGGAGGCGCAGGCGCAGUGGGUGCUGACGGCCACGGGGCGGUCGCCGACCAAUAUCGCGGUGAUCAAGUACUGGGGGAAGCGGGACGAGGCGCUCAUCCUCCCCGUCAACGACAGCAUCAGCGUCACCCUCGACCCCGACCACCUCUCCGCCACCACCACCGUCGCCGCCAGCCCCGCCUUCCCCUCCGACCGCAUGUGGCUCAACGGCAAGGAGAUUGCGUUGUCGGGCGGGAGGUUUCAGAGCUGCCUGAGGGAGAUCCGGAAGCGGGCUCGUGACGUCGAGGACGAGAAAAAGGGGAUCAAGAUCAAGAAAGAGGACUGGGAGAAGUUGCACGUCCACAUAGCGUCGUACAACAACUUCCCGACCGCCGCCGGUUUAGCCUCUUCAGCUGCUGGCUUUGCUUGUCUUGUUUUCACCCUUGGAAAGCUAAUGAAUGUGAAUGAAGAUUAUGGAGAACUUUCUUCAAUAGCAAGGCAGGGGUCUGGAAGUGCAUGCCGCAGUAUAUAUGGUGGAUUUGUGAAAUGGUGUAUGGGGAAAAAUGAUGAUGGAAGUGACAGUAUGGCAGUACAGCUUGUUGACGAGUCGCAUUGGGAUGAUCUUGUUAUAAUCAUAGCAGUGGUCAGUUCAAAGCAGAAGGAAACCAGUAGCACCAGUGGGAUGCGGGACACUGUUGAAACAAGCCCCCUCUUGCAGUACAGGGCCCAGACUGUAGUGCCAGGUCGCAUAUUGAAAAUGGAAGAGGCCAUCAAGAAACGUGAUUUUGAAUCCUUUGCCAGGAUAAUUAGCCUUGUGGAGAAGUGGAACCACUCAGAAGGAACCCCACAGGUUGCCUACACAUUUGAUGCUGGGCCUAACGCUGUCCUAAUAGCACGAAACCGCAAAACGGCCACCCUUCUCCUUCAGAGGCUCUUAUACUGCUUCCCUCCACAAGAAAAUGAUUUGGACAGCUAUAUGGUUGGCGAUAAAUCAAUCCUAAGUGACGCCGGAGUGCAGUCCGUAGCUGACAUCGAGGCCCUUCCACAGCCACCAGAGAUGAAGACACCAAACCAAAAAUUCAAGGGCGACGUUAGCUACUUCAUCUGCAGCAGGCCUGGGGCUGGCCCAAAAGUUCUUACCGACUAG